GGCCCGGUGGCCCAGUCAUCAUACAUAAUUAAUAUUUUGUGUUAUUAGUGAUGGAUGAUGUCUAUUAUUAUGUGAAAUUUAAGUAUUGUAAUCCUUAAUAUUUUGUGUUAUUAGUCAUUAUAUAUAAGACUAUAAGUUAAUGUUUUAUGUUUAAAAUGCAUAAGACUUUAGACUAAUGCAUAAUCUUGUGUUAUUUGUAUUGAUUUAAAUAUUUGAUGUUAUUAGGCAAUAUUAGUAUUGAUUAUUAUUAUGCUUUAAUUUUAGAGAAGAGUUGGUUCUUAUUAUAUUUUUCUAAGUGAAUUUUACCAUGUCAAAUAAUGGUUGGAGCCUUGGAAAUUUGGAUAUUUUUACAUGUUAACUUGCAAUGCCUCAAACAAAGGCUGAGAAAUCGCGGCGAGAACAGAGGAAAGAAUCCCGUUUGGCAAAGAAUGCAUCCAAACACCAAUCAUGGCUUCUCCACCAGAAAUCUCGAGCUAUCAAAAGAAGUAAAGAUGGUUCGGAUAAGAAAACUAAGACAAACUUGGAGCAACCAGUUAGUACUAGUUUUGAGGAAAAAGAGGGUUUAGGGUUUGAUUCGGAUUCUGAGAAACAUGUGAGAGCUGAAGAGAGUGUUGUAUCAGUGGCAAUUUGUGGCUCUGAUACUAAGAAAAUGAAGGAGUUGAAGAAGGGUUCUAAGGGAAGUUCCGGGAAGAAGAGUAGCAAAGAGAUUUUUGGGCUGGAUGCUGAUAUAGCUGCAAAGAAGGAUCUUGAGUUGGAAAGGAAGCUUUCCAAGAAGCUUAAGGUGAAGGAAGGGAAAUUAAGGGGUUUGGAUGAUGGGCUGAACAUAUUACUCGAAGGAAUGUUGCCUGCUAUGGAUUUAUUUGGAGAAGAGGAUACUCAUGGUGCUAGUGAAUUGCCGAAGAAAAGGUUGAAGAAGAGCUUGUUGAGUAAGAAGCAUAAGGAGGAAAUAUUGCCAAAUGAAGGGAUGGAAGUAGAGACAAUAGAUAGAGCGUUUGAGCUCAUGAGAACUUCUGAUCAAGAUGGAGCAUUAGGAGAUAUUGCUGAUUGUGGAACUAUGAGGAGGAAGCAUAAGAAAAGAAAGUUGUUGAGACAAGAGCAAGAAGACAAUAUAGUGGAUGAUGAUUUGUGCAUAUCGAAUAAUGUAGAAUCCGUGGCAAUGGAGGUGGCAUCAGAGCAUGUUUCUGCUGAAGUUCCAGCAAAGAAAGAAAAGGGAAAAUAUAUUGCACCUCACUUAAGAGCUCGUGCUGGAAAUGAACCUGAAGAGCAUACUCAGAUACGAAGACGUAUACGAGGACUUCUUAAUAGGCUUUCUGAAUCUAAUGUUGAAUCAAUUACUGGAGAAUUGUCAACAAUCUUUCAGUCUGUUGCACGUAGUAGUGUAGCUUCACACAUUAUGAUUGAGGAGGCUUUGGCAUCAUUCUCAGGUGGGCCACGGGGCAAUGAACAGUACGCUGCUAUUUUUGCUGCAUUUGUUGCAGGGAUGGCCUGUUUAGUUGGUGUUGACUUCAGUGCAAAGUUUAUGGCAUCCUUUGUCAAAUGCUUUGAGGAUGAGUACCUUAAAGAGGACAAUCUCUCUCUGCGGAAUCUUACACUUCUCUUAUCCUAUUUAUGCAUAUUUGGGGUCUGUUGUAGUGAUUUAAUAUAUGACUUUCUAGUCAUGUUGAGCAAGCGAUUGACCGAGAUAGAUGUCUCUAUCAUAUUGGCAGUUCUACAGUGUUGUGGAAUGAAAAUUAGGGCUGAUGAUCCAAUUUCCAUGAAAAAUUUGAUCGUUAGUGUUCAGAAGACGACAAGUGACCUGAAGGCUUCCUCCAGAGAUAAUCAUGAAAAGAGAAAUAGUAAAAGAAUGGAGUUCAUGCUUGAAACCAUAUGUGACAUCAAGAACAACAAGAAAAGACAAAAGGAGGACCCUAUACACCACACUCGGAUUAAGAAGUGGUUGCAGAAGUUAAGAGUGGAUGACAUUUUACUUAGAGGUCUUAAAUGGAGCAAGUUACUUGAUCCUGAUAAGAAGGGUCAGUGGUGGUUACCUGGGGAUUUGGCUUCUGCAACAGAUAAUGUCGAAGAAGUUGCUAACAGAAUCGACAAAGAUAUUCUUGAAACACAACGCAUGCUUCAGCUUGCCGCGGCACAAAAGAUGAACACAGAUGCCAGAAGAGCAAUCUUCUGUAUAAUAACGAGUGGUGAGGACUAUAUUGAUGCAUGUGAGAAGCUUCUUCGAUUGGAAUUACCUGGGAAGCAGGACAGAGAUAUAAUGCGGGUUCUUCUCGAGUGUUGCUUACAAGAGAAAGUUUUUAACAAGUAUUAUACGGUGCUGGCGACGAAGUUGUGCGAGCAUGACAAAAAUCACAAGUUUACUCUGCAGUUUUGCAUUUGGGACCACUUUAAGGAACUUGAUUCAAUGCAGCUUAUGAGGUCAAUGCACCUUGCCAAAUUUGUGGCUGAAAUGGUUUCCUCUUUCACCCUCUCCCUUGCAGUGUUGAAGACUGUGGAGCUCAGUGAUCUCAACCUGUUAUCCCCAAGAAGAGUUAUGCAUUUUCGCAUGCUGUUUGAGGCCAUCUUCGAGUACCCUGAUAGCACCGUCUGGAAUGUAUUCACACGUGUGGCCGUGGCCCCUGAACUCGAGGGUCUUCGACAAGGCAUUGAAUUCUUCGGUAAAGAGUACAUUGUCAAAUCCAACAAAGAUCUAAGUCAGAAGUUUAAGUUGGUAAAAAGAGCCCUUAAUAAUGUGGAAGGAGUUUUGAUGUGAAUGAAGUGUUGAAUUAUAUUCCCAAUUUUGUUGUCAGUUAUGCUAAUUUUAUUUAAAUAAUUCUUACAUAUCCUUCUGAAUCCACAUGUUCUGGUCUACCCGUAAAACUAAAACUAAAUAAGAAAAUUUUGUUUAUUAAACAAGCAUUACUAUUAAAAUCCUAUUACUGAGCAUGAAAAUUUUCUAUGCUGAUGAGUUGCAUGUGAAACAAUGUUUAUGUAACUAAGAAAUGAGGUUCCAUUUGUGGCGCACCUUCCAAAACAGGUGUUCUUACACGGGGCACUCCAUAACGUCUACUGGCCAGGAUUUAAGAGCGCUUUUGUUUUUAGAUAACUGAUUUUGAAAUAAAGUGACUUGUGUUUAGUAAUUGUGUAAAAGAUUAACACAACAAAUCAAUUGUGAACAGAAAUGCAAAACCUCAUUCUUGGUGAAACCAAUUUGACAAUUAGUAUGGAAUUUUGGUUAACCAAACAAAA